AUGAGUGACACAUCUUGUGGAUUACCAGUAAUAGUCGAGUCUUUUCUCGCAGAGUUCUUUGGCUUAAUUGGAGGUCUCAUUGUCUUUUUAUUAGAAAAGACCAAUACAUACUGCAAAGCCCAUGGAGCAAACGCAAUAAUUUGGGGUAUUAUCUACUGUAUUAUGUGGGUAAUCAUGGUAAUCUUUGGUGCGAUCUGCAGAGUGGGUGGAGUUGUUGCAACCAUUUUUGGUAUUCUCUGUGCGAUUAUAUCUUUGAUCUGGUUCUGCAUUUGGGUCUUCAACUGGGUUAUGGCUCUUAUCAAAGCUCAGUCCCAAGAAUUUGUUGCUUUCCCAAUUGUUUCUGGCUUUGCUCUCAAGAUGGCUGGUAAUUAA